GAAAUUGGGGCUUCGUUCAAGAGGAGGGCACUGCGGACUUGUCUCUUCAUCUAAUUUUGCGAAGAAAAAUAGGUUCGCGGCUACUGGAAAAUACUAAAUAUAUCUAAUAAGUACACUUUUAUACAACCAAAUAGUAGACAAUAUUUUUUCCUUUCGCAAUGGAGUAACUGUUUAAGGAAUGACCCGUGGGGGAGUAAAUCGACCGUGACUUUUUGCAGGAGGAGAAAGUAGCUCCCUUUGCCAACAAGGCAAUUGUUGCUGUGUCUACGCUGGGUAGCGGAUCACUACGGAUAUUUUUAAAAGGAUAGAUACAUUUACGUAUGUUGCCUCGGCAAUAAAUCACGAGGAGAAGAUGGACCUGAAACUACUUCUGAUAUCAACAUUGUUAGGAGUCAUUUGUUACAGCAGUGCUCAGCAAGAAGGGAACGAGUGCAUCAAGGCCAAUGCCAAAUCCUGUGGGGAGUGUAUUCAAGUGGGAGCGAAAUGUGGAUGGUGCACAGACCCAGAGUUUCUUAAGCAGGGCGAGGCCACGUCGACCCGCUGUGACGAGCUGGAGUCCCUGAGGAAGAGAGGUUGCGAUGACGCCAAGGUAGAGAACCCCCGAGGCAGCCAGCUGGUCCUGAAGAACAAGGCUGUGACCAACCGCAACAAGGGAGCAAAGAAACUAAGACCAGAGGACAUCACACAGAUCCAGCCCCAGAAACUCACCCUUAGCCUCAGAUCCGGUGAACCCCAGUCUUUUAAUCUGAAGUUCAAACGAGCUGAGGAUUACCCCAUCGACCUCUACUACCUGAUGGACCUCUCCUAUUCAAUGAAGGAUGAUCUGGAAAAUGUGAAGAACCUGGGAACACAGCUGAUGCUGGAGAUGUCAAAGAUCACAUCUGAUUUCAGAAUCGGUUUUGGUUCCUUCGUUGAGAAGACUGUGAUGCCUUACAUAAGCACCACCCCAGCCAAGCUGCUGAACCCCUGUACUGGGGACCAGAACUGCACCAGUCCAUUCAGCUAUAAGAACGUCCUGAAGCUGACCAGCAAUGGACAGGAGUUCAACACCCUGGUGGGACAACAGCAGAUUUCUGGAAACCUGGACUCACCAGAGGGAGGCUUUGAUGCCAUCAUGCAAGUGGCUGUCUGUGGUGAGCACAUUGGCUGGAGGAACGUCACCCGUCUGCUGGUGUUUUCCACUGAUGCUGGCUUCCACUUUGCUGGAGAUGGGAAACUGGGAGGGAUUGUUCUGCCCAACGAUGGGAAAUGCCACCUGGAGAACAACAUGUACACCAUGAGCCACUACUAUGACUACCCCUCCAUCGCCCAUCUGGUUCAGAAACUAAGUGACAACAACAUCCAGACAAUCUUUGCCAUCACAGAGGAGUUCCAGCCUGUUUACAAGGAGUUGAAGAAUCUCAUUCCUAAGUCUGCAGUGGGGACACUCUCUGCAAACUCCAGCAACGUUAUCAACCUCAUUAUUGAUGCCUACAAUUCUCUUUCCUCAGAGGUGAUUCUGGAGAACACUAAGCUAGCAGAGGGAGUUACCAUCACGUACCAGUCACGCUGCAAGAACGGAGUGACUGGUGAGGGAGAGAUGGGAAGAAAAUGCUCAAACAUCUCCAUCGGAGACGAGGUGUCUUUCACCAUAAACAUCACAGCUAAGCAGUGUCCUAAGAUGGGCAAACCAGAGACCAUCAAGAUCAAACCCCUAGGGUUCACAGAGGAGGUGGAGAUCGCUCUGAACUUCAUCUGUGAAUGUGACUGUCACAAAGACGGCACUGAGAACAGUGAAAUCUGCCACAACGGUAACGGGACAUAUGAAUGUGGAGCCUGCAGGUGCAACGAGGGCCGUAUAGGUAGACAUUGUGAGUGCAGCACCAACGAAGUGACCAGUGAAGACCUGGAUAAGAACUGUCGUAAAGACAACGGUACAGACAUCUGCAGCAACAACGGAGACUGUGUGUGUGGAGCCUGCGAGUGUAAGAAGAGGGAGAACCCAGAGGAACGCUACAGUGGAAAGUUCUGCGAGUGUGACAACUUUAACUGUGACCGCUCCAACAACAAACUCUGCGGAGGACAUGGACGUUGUGAGUGCAGGGUGUGUAUCUGUGAUGCCAACUGGACGGGCAGUGCCUGUGACUGUUCUCUGGACACCACAACCUGCCUGGCCUCUAACAAGCAGAUCUGUAAUGGCCGGGGCACCUGUGAGUGUGGCACCUGCAAGUGCACUGACCCCAAGUUCCAGGGGCCUACCUGUGAGAUCUGUCCCACCUGUCCAGGAGUCUGCGCAGAACACAAGGAGUGUGUUCAGUGCAGGGCCUUUGGGACGGGGGAGAAGAAGGAGAUGUGUGAGAGGGACUGUAGCUACUUCAACCUGAUCAAGGUGAAGGACCGAGACAAGCUGCCCCAGCCAGGACAGGCCUUCCCCCUGAUGCACUGUAAGGAGAGGGAUGCCAAUGACUGCUGGUUCUACUACACCUACGCUGUCAACAACAACACCGAGAAGGAGGUCCAUGUGGUGGAAACACUAGACUGCCCUGCGGGCCCGGACAUCAUCCCCAUCGUGGCUGGCGUUGUGGCGGGCAUUGUGCUGAUCGGCCUGGCUUUGCUGCUCAUUUGGAAGCUGCUCAUGAUCAUCCACGACAGGAGGGAGUUCGCCAAGUUUGAAAAGGAGAAGAUGAAUGCUAAAUGGGACACGCAAGAGAAUCCUAUAUAUAAGAGCCCUAUUAAUAAGUUCCAGAAUCCAAUCUAUGGACGUAAAGCUGCGGUUCUAUAAGGAGAAAAUCCCAUCUACAAGAGUGCUGUUACGACGGUGGUCAACCCCAAAUAUGAAGGCAAAUGAUGGAGUUUCAGUUCUCCCAGAACAACACUGUAUGCAAAUAUAGUUCUAGGGCAUGAGAGGUAUACGGUUGGGUGGGGUUAAUUUUUGUCUUUGGUCAUUUCUUCUUCUUGUCGCUUCAGUAUUAUAACGUUACAUUUGGCCACUACAUGUGGUCUUCUUACUAACAGUUUAUUUUCUAUGCAAUCAUUGUCUUUUAAAAUGUACAGUUAGUUCUUAUGUGUAUAUACUUUAAAGGUGCUUUUUUAUUUCUUGAAGAAUUGGUUAGAAAUAAGGAUUUUGCCACGGGACUGGUAUGGGCCAUGGGUUGUGUCUUUCAGAGACCAUACCCAUAUGGGCACAGAGAGUGCUCUCUUUCUCUUCAUGGACUUGUUAUUAUUUUGCCAGUGAGUGUCAGGCAGCACCUGAGACUAAAGCAUACCAAUAUUUUGCAUUGUGGCUGUGAAGUAUUUUUUUCAACCAUAGGGUACAUAUGUAGUAAACAUUGAUUUUGCCUUGCAAUAGACUAGCAUCCUGUUCAGGGGGUGUACUUGUACAUCAACCUGCCUCACACUACAGAAACAGGAGAUGUGCUCUUGUCAUAUGGGCCGUUCUGGCUCAGACAGGGCUACAUACUUAUUAAUUUGGAUAAAUGAGUCAUCCAUCAAGCCUGAUUGCAAGAAUCUGGAUUCAURAUUUGGGGUAGUUUUUAAAGAUCACAUCAAUUACAUUCAUUGUCAAUCAUUGAAUGAUUCUAACAUAGUCAUCAGGUAACAUGUGCAUCCCAAAUGGCACCCAAUUCUGUUUAUAGCGUGCUACUUUUGACCAACACCCUAUAGGCCCCCUGGUCAAAAGUAGUGCACUACAUGGAAAAUAAGGUGCUACAUUUGGGACGCAUUCCAUCUAAGGUGUGCAGAUGUGCUAAGAACUAAUACAUGGGAAGCAUUGAUGUUUGGAUGUUAAAGGUUAUUGCACUAUUGAUGAGAACAGGUUUUGCCUUGCAAAAGGACUGAAAAGAUAAAUGAAUGAUUUCAUAAAACUGUCAUAAACAGGCUAUUUUAAAGGGAUUGAAAACCACUUGUAUUAAUGGGAUAAAGAAAUGUAAAUCACUUAAUUACAUAAUCAAUUGACAUGCAUUUGUGACAAAAUUAGAAGUUUCAUUUAUUUUUAGUAUACUUUAGUUUUAUUCUAUAAUAUUUCAGUAUUCAACCUCAGGUCCUUUUCUGUACUCAUUACUAGCAAAGCCAAAUAUCUGCCUUCUUUGCAAAGCCUUAUUCCAUGUGUUUCAUGUUGAUCAAUGUUAAACAAAUUGUAAACUUUGUUCUGAAGACAUACUGAUUGAUACAAGUUAGCUUGUUUUAAUCUGUUGUUUCCCCCUUUUGAAAUUAUUGGGCUGGGGUAACCCCUCAUCUGCAGUGAUUGUGUAAAAUCAGUAUUAAGUGAAAGGCUUCUUGGAAUUGUUUUAAAAUACAAAAACUCCUCAAUACCACAUCUUGUUUUUAAAGUGCCUUUUAUUUCAAUACUAUGUUAACUUUUCCCAAUGCUGUUUCUGAAUUUAUUUAUUAAAUAAGUACCUAAAUGAUA